AUGGCCAAGGGGGAGGCGCCGCCGUCGCCGCGGGCGUCGCACGGAAGCCGCGACGAGAACUUCGACGAUCCUCCCAGCCCGUGGACCGCCGCCGCGCGCGCAUCCGACCCGGCGUUCGACCGACCCGCGCCCCCCCGCUCCCCACGGAAUCGUCGACACGGGUACGAGGAGACCAAGGCGAGGUGGAGCGCGCCACCGCCGGACACCGCCGAGGGGGGACUCGCGCCGUCGGUGGUGCGGGGGGUGGAGGCGGAAUGGAGAGAGCGGUACGACGAGCUGCGGGGGAUGCUCGAGCGGAAAACCGACGAGCUCGAGCUCGCCACCAGGCAUCUCAUGACGACGAAGGAGGAGAGCGCGCUGAUGCUCGAGAAGCUCGCCGCCGCCGACGGCCUCUCGCACGCCUCCGCCCGCGCGCCGCCCCCGGCGGCCAGGAUCCAGGAGCUCGUCGACCGCGUCAGAGUCGCAGAGGCGGCGGCGCAGCAGCAGCAGGCGCGCGCGGUGCGCGCCGAGCGCGAGCGCGACGACGCGUCGCGUCGCCUGGAGGACGCGAGCCGCGCGACGUGGGAGUCGGACGCCGGGCGGCUCGCGACGGACCUCGCCGCCGCGAACGCGGAACACGCGCACCGCGUAGACGAGUUGCAGACGCGAUGGAAGGCGAGGCUGGACGAGGAGACGGCUCGAGCGCGCCGCGACGCCGAGGCGGAGCGCGACGUCGCGCUGGCGAAGUGCGGGGAAGCGGCGGCGGACGCGGCGCGCGCGGACGCGGCGACGAGGGAGUGCGCGAGGCUGGAGGAUGAGAAGGCGUCGCUCGAGUGCGCCGUUCGCGAGUUGGCGAAUCUGAAUUCCAAGCUCGCGGCUCGAGUGGCGGCGAACGCUGUGGGCGCGUUGGACGCUCGGGCCGUCGGUCUCGACUUCAGUUCGCUCGUGCCCAAGCUCGGGGCGGGGCCCGGGAAGGAAAAGGCGGGGAAAGGGAAGAAGGGUGGGAAGGUGCGGCGCGACGGGUCGAGGGGGGGAUCGAGGUCGUCUUCCCGGGAUCCCUCCCCGCCGCCGCCGCCGGUCGAGGCGGAGGAGCGUCCCGCGUCCGCGCGGCGGGGCGUCGUCGCGAUGACGAUGACGCCGCCGCCGACGAUGACGACGACGGGCUCGAACCUUCCCCUCGGGGGCGGUCGACGAGGUUGGAACCCCGGCGGUAUCCCCCCGAGGCCGAUACCGGACCCUCCGCCUCCCCCUCCGCCCGGCCUGCCCCCGCCGCCGUCGUCCGCCGGCCGCCGCCGCGCGGGCGCCCACCUCGAAGCCGUCGCCGCUCCCCUCCCCGCCGCCGCCGCCGUUCGAAGGGAGCUGUUCCGGCCGAGGGCUAAGAUCCCGAGCCGUCCGGCGAGGGGAUCGGUGGGCACCAGCGUGAGCCGUGCGGCUGGCGGGUACGACUACGCGCCGGCGCGGGUUUUCGGUAAGAGGGUCGGGGAGGAGACGCCGAGGCACGUGCGUCAGGCGAGGGACGCGGCGAGGCGCGCGGCGGCGUCGCUGCGACACGCGAUGGGGGGAGGGACGCACGGUCGCGGUCGCGGCGGAGGAGGUCCGCCGUCCCGAUUCGUCCCGGAAUACUUGGAAGAUGACGCUGGCGGUUCGAGGGCGCUCGCGUCGGCCAAUCGUCCAACGUCCGCUGCGGACUCGCCGUCCGGCAGGGUCGGCAUGCAGCUCAGAGACGAGUUCGAGGCGUUGAGGUGCGAGUACGGCGAGCUCCUGGACGCGGCGGCGAAGGGUAAGAACGUGGCCGACUUGAGCUCGAAGAUCGAGUCGGUGAUUUUCAAGUUGGAGCGGAAAUCGGCCAUCAUCGCCAGGCUCCAUCGGUCGAACCACGACGGGUUGUGA